UCAUGWAAUAGUUGACCAAGCCUUCAGUUCACUAGUUGACAGCAAGAAGAAUUGUGKUUGAAUUAUUUGACAAAAUGAAGAUCGAAGAAGUAAAAAGUACCACUAAAACACAGCGUAUAGCCGUCCAUAGUCAUAUUAAAGGUAUUGGCUUGGAUGAAAAUGGCUUUGCAAUGGCAAUGGCMUCAGGACUCGUUGGACAGGAGACGGCACGUGAGAGUGCUGGUGUAAUUGUUGAAAUGAUCAAAAACAAGAAGUUAGCUGGAAGAGCAAUUCUACUGGCUGGACCUCCAGGAACGGGAAAGACUGCUCUUGCCCUUGCCAUAGCCCAGGAACUUGGUCCAAAGGUACCAUUUUGUCCAAUGGUAGGCAGUGAAGUUUACUCUACAGAAGUAAAGAAGACAGAAGUCUUAAUGGAGAAUUUUAGAAGAGCCAUAGGUCUAAGAAUAAAAGAAACAAAGGAGGUCUACGAAGGAGAGGUGACUGAGCUUACUCCUUGUGAAACUGAGAAUCCUYUGGGAGGAUAUGGCAAGACUGUCAGCCAUGUGGUUAUAGGAUUYAAGACUGCCAAAGGAACAAAACAACUUAAGCUGGAUCCCUCAAUUUAUGAAAGUUUACAGAAAGAAAAAGUUGAAGUUGGUGAUGUUAUUUACAUUGAAGCAAAUAGUGGAGCCGUCAAGCGUCAAGGUCGUUCUGAUACAUUUGCUACUGAGUUUGACCUAGAAGCAGAAGAGUAUGUACCYUUACCCAAAGGAGAUGUYCACAAGAAGAAAGAGAUUGUUCAGGAUGUAACCCUCCAUGACCUGGAUAUAGCAAAUGCAAAACCACAGGGAGGACAGGAUAUCAUGUCAAUGAUGGGGCAGCUGAUGAAGCCAAAGAAAACUGAAAUAACAGACAAACUAAGAAAAGAAAUAAAUAAGGUUGUCAAUAAGUAUAUAGACCAAGGUGUGGCUGAGCUUGUUCCAGGUGUUCUGUUUGUAGAUGAGGUUCACAUGUUAGACAUUGAAUGUUUCACGUAUCUUCACCGUGCUCUUGAAUCCACUAUUUCACCUAUUGUUAUCUUUGCUACUAAUCGUGGUAGCUGCACCAUCAGGGGCACUGAUGUUGUUGCACCUCAUGGUAUUCCACUGGACUUACUGGACCGUGUGCUGAUUGUACGUACKUUACCAUACUCCCAGGAAGAAAUGGUYCAAAUUAUAAAGAUACGAGCACAGACUGAAGGAAUACAACUAGAUGAUGAAUCACUGGAAUUGCUUGGAGAAACUGGAACUAAAACUACUCUAAGAUAUGCAGUGCAGUUAUUAACUCCAGCCAAUGUUUUAGCUCGAAUAAACGGUCGAGAAUGUAUCGUCAAACAAGAUGUUGAGGAAAUCAAUGAACUGUUCUACGAUGCAAAAUCCUCAGCAAAAUUACUUGCUGAAAAAGGAGACAAGUAUAUGCAGUAAUAUCCUGUAACCCGGUACUUUACAAAAGCGUGUUUUUAUAAUGUAUGUACUGCCUUUUUAAAAAGGUCUAGUGCUAUUGCAUCUGCGUGCCGAACGGCAUCCUGGGUCAUUUUGAUCUGGAAGUUUCGUGUCGGUAAAGUGGUGAAUAGAUUUGUUUCAAAGUUCUAGAACGUCUUAAAGCAAUCGAAAACAGAAGUCCUCUCCAGUUAACAAUCGUUUACGUAUUAAUAGUAUAUCUCACUUCGAUGUGGGAAUACAAUGGACAGCGAACAAAGGAGAACUUGUAUUAUGUACUGUAAGUAUGCACCUUUUUGGAAUGACCAGAAAGAUGCAGCAGGGAGUAGAAUACAUGCAACAACAGGUGUAAAAGCGUGAGAUGCCCAUAUUUUGUUUCAGAGUGAGACACUCACUGUCUAUAAAAUAGCGCCAGUUUUCACGAUAGAGACGAAACGUUCGUAUGAGAAUCUGUAUUUUACUUAGAGAGCGUUUUAGGACAACACUGUGAUUAAGUAUACCAUCAAUCAUUCUAUCCUCUUAUUUAUAUUGCUGUUAGUAGACUCACUACUCUAGAUGUACUGUAAGUUGUUUGAGUAA